AGUUCCCCAUCUUGGUGACUUGAACACAGAAGUGGAAUGGCCCUUGACAUGAGCUGGAAAACGAGUUUUUUCUUCAAAUUACCACUGUUGUGCACACUGGCCAACUGUUAGAUUGUCGAGGUUGGCCACUGAUAUCAUCUCAAGAGUUGGAGUGCGAUUCAAAUAUGCGAAAAGGAGACAAAACGGAGGUUCACCAAGCUGUGAAUGGUUGAAACAGCACGACCAUAGAAGACCUCUCUCUCCAACGGAUGACUCGGUGUGGCUCAUGAAUAGCAGCUCGGACUUCCAUUUGCUUGAAUAGAACUUGUUGUGCAAACGGUCCUGUGGAGGAGCUUCGGGAGCUUUGGGAAUUUCCAGAAUUACCCGAACUCUAGCCAUUCAAAACGAGCUUUAAACGCAUCGCCAUCAAGUUCAAUAGUCAUACUUACACCCCAAGGACCGUGAUGUUCGUGUUUCGUUUCAUAUUAUCCUUCGGCUUAGGGAUAUCAUUGGCCCACGGAUUCACCCUUCCACAAGAAGAUGAGACGCCAAGAUCGUGCAAUUUGCCCAAAGGAACCCCUGGAUUCUGUGUCCCCUUGAACCGAUGCACCGCUAUCAAUGAGUUGGUCGAAAAUCUCGAAACAGUUACCAACGACGUUCGUUUAUAUAUGCAAGACUCCUUCCAAUGUCCGCCCAAUCCAAAGAAAGAAGGAUUUGAAGUGUGCUGUGCUCCAGAAUUAAUCGUUCCAGCUUUGACGGUCGAACCCGAAACGGUCCCCCGAAAUUCAUGUGCCUUUCAAUUUGAUAUUCCCGUUACUUGUGCCCCGUUUUCGGAAUGCACGCCCAUCCUCCAAUUGAUUGAAAACAUCCGCAGACCCAUUCCGCAGGCCAUUCCCAUUCUCCUUCAGAACAGCUGGCUAUGCGGAUUUGAAGCGAUUGGGGGCGUGUCCCAGCCUCAAGUGUGUUGCCCGAAUGCAGUUUUGAAACCAAAAAAAAAAGUACCCUCCGAUCAUCCUAAUCGUGGCCUUCUUCCCUUGGAUACCGAAUGUGGAAUCAAUGACCCCGUCCAAAAGAGAAUCGUGGGUGGUCAAGACACUGUACUUGGCGAAUAUCCUUGGUUGGUCAAUCUUGGAUUUAAAAGCUCGGGUGGCACCACAGACGAGAUUCUUUUUAAAUGUGGUGGAUCUUUAAUAUCAGACCAAUAUGUCCUCACUGCUGCACAUUGUGUCACCAAUCUGCCCGAAUCAAUCACCUUAGCUCGCAUUCGAGUAGGUGAACACGACUUAGGAAAAGAUGAGGAUUGUGAUCCGGACUCAUUCCCAAAAGUGUGCGCUGAACCGGUUCAAGACUUCAACAUCGAGAAGAUCAUUCCCCACGAGAGCUACAAUGCGCCCAAUCCGUUUCAAAACGACAUCGCCCUUAUUCGAUUAGACGGAAAAGUUCAAUUUAACAGAUUUGCCAGUCCCAUUUGCUUACCCUUCAAGGACGACGAAGAGGAGUCUUAUGAGAAGGUGGAGUCUCAAAAUACGAUCACCGACGUAGCGGGUUGGGGUGCCACCACAAGGACUGGCCGAAAACCCGCGUUAUUGCUGCAGAAAUUGAAAGUCGAGGUUUUUGAAGGUGCCAAAUGUCGGGAGGUUUACUCGACUCGUGGCGGCAAAUUGACCCCUUUGCAACAAAUGUGCGCAGGAGGUGAAAACGGAAAAGAUUCCUGCGUUGGCGAUUCGGGAUCCGCCCUCAUGAGAGAUGUUCGACCACUUCCAUCCAUCUUCAAGAUCAUAGGGGUGGUCAGUUUUGGACCCAGGAGGUGCGGGACUGAGGGCGUUCCUGGAGUUUACACAAGGGUGAGGUAUUAUUUGGAUUGGAUCUUGGACCAUAUAGAAGAGUGAUCCGUUGUGUGUUCGAAAGCGUAUGGAGCGAGAACCAUUCUUACUUUGUCAUGGACAUGAAAUUCACGUGAAUAAAAUAAUUUAAUUUUUA